AUGUUUCGCCGUUUAAAUUGCUUGCGCAGGACGCAGCGCUUUUAUUCGUUAAAUGUAUCUAAUUCUGUGUUUGGUCGCGAAUCAUUUGUUCAGCGACAUAUCGGACCUAAUGACUCCGACCAAAAGCAGAUGCUAAAAGAACUUGGAUAUCAGAGUUUAGAAGACUUGAGCGAGGCCGUGAUCCCAGAUAGCGUUUAUCUCCAGAAGACGCCUAAUUUAAAAUCGUCAGUUAUUAUAGAUGAACAAUCUCUAGCCACCUUGAUAAAAUCGAUUGCAAGUAAAAAUCAAAUAUGGAGAAGUUUCAUUGGGAUGGGUUACCACAACUGUCACACACCUCAUGUCAUCGUGAGAAACAUGCUGGAGAAUCCUGGAUGGUUGACGCCUUAUACCCCUUACCAAGAAGAAAUCGGUCAGGGUCGAUUAGAGAGUCUACUGAACUUCCAGACAUUGGUUGUCGACCUUACGUGUAUGGACGUAGCCAACGCGUCUCUGUUGGACGAAGCCACGUCGGCGUCCGAAGCGCUGGCGAUGACGUACCGGCAUAACAAACGCAAACGUUGGUUCGUUGCAGACAACGUACACCCCCAGACGUUGUCGGUUGUGAGAACGAGAGCCUCUGCCCUCGGCAUCGAUGUCCAAUCCGGCGAUCCGAACCAAGUGGACGACUUUAAAUCGUAUAGCGGAGUGUUAUUACAGUACCCAGACACGUAUGGUCAUUUAUCGGAUUACGGAGAGAUUGUAAAUAAGGCUCACAAUGACGAGACCUUAGUCGUGUGUGCCACGGACUUGUUGUCGCUUACUUUGAUCAAAGCCCCCGGUGAAUACGGCGUAGACAUUGUCGUCGGAAGUAGCCAGCGACUCGGCACCCCGCUCGGAUAUGGAGGACCACACGCCGCGUUUAUCGCAUGCAAAAAACCUCUGAUGAGACUGAUACCAGGAAGGAUGGUCGGUAUCACAAGGGACGCAGAUGGGGAUAAUGCGUACAGAUUGACAUUGCAAACCCGGGAACAGCACAUACGUCGUGAACGGGCGACCAGCAACAUUUGUACUGCCCAAGCUCUGCUAGCAAAUGUCGUAGCUAUGUAUGCAGUCUAUCACGGUCCCGUAGGACUGAGAAAUAUUGCCCAGAGAGUGCACAACUGUACAGUGAUACUUAAGACAGCGCUUGACGAAAUACCAGGAUGCAGUACGAGCGACGGCAUUUUUUUCGAUACCUUGCACUUGAAGAGCACGAUUCCUCAACAGGAGAUAAUCGAAAAGUGUAAAGAAAAACUGAUCAACCUGAGGUUUUUCGAUGACCAAUCUAUAGGUAUAUCGCUGGACGAGACGGUAACUGCCGCAGACUUAAACGACUUGUUAUGGAUUUUUGGAUCCGAAAAAAGUAUAAAUGAAAUUAUAUCUAAUGAUGAGCUUUUAGAAAAAAGUGUAAGUAAAACAAUAUUUAAGAGGACCUCGCAGUAUUUACAACAUUCAGUAUUUAACAAUCAUCAAUCAGAAACAAAAAUUGUUCGAUACAUGAAACAAUUGGAAAAUAAAGACGUUUCACUUGUCCACUCCAUGAUUCCAUUAGGAUCAUGCACUAUGAAAUUGAAUGCUACCGUCGAACUGUUACCGCUUUCGGAACCUGGAUUCAUUAACAUUCAUCCAUUUGUACCACCUGAUCAAGUCCCAGGAUACAAUCAAAUUUUACAAGAAUUAGAAUACGAUCUCUGUCAGCUUACUGGUUAUGACAAAAUAUCUUUUCAGCCCAAUAGCGGCUCUCAAGGAGAAUUCGCCGGUCUUUGCGCCAUAAUGAAAUAUCAUCAACACCGCGGGGACGAAGACAGAAAAGUGUGUCUAAUUCCCACGUCAGCACAUGGUACAAAUCCAGCAUCAGCACAAAUGGCUGGAAUGGAUAUUCAGUUGGUGAAUGUGUCCAAAGAUGGUUGCAUUGAUCUACAACACCUCAAAGAUAAGGUUAAUAAAUAUAAAAAUCAAUUAUCAUGUAUAAUGAUAACAUAUCCGUCUACUAAUGGAGUAUUUGAAGAAUCUGUUAUGGACGUAUGUGAAUUAAUACAUUCAAAUGGUGGACAAGUUUAUUUGGAUGGAGCUAACAUGAAUGCACAAGUUGGAUUGUGUCGACCUGGUGAUAUUGGAGCAGACGUAUCUCAUUUGAAUUUACAUAAGACAUUCUGUAUACCUCAUGGAGGCGGAGGUCCUGGAAUGGGGCCAAUAGUUGUUAAAUCACACUUGGCUCCAUAUCUGCCAACUCACCCAAUUAUUCACAAUGAUAAUGAUUUAAGUUUGGGUACUGUUAGUGCUGCUCCUUACGGAUCAGCUUCUAUCAUACCCAUUUCCUGGGCAUACAUAAAAUUAAUGGGCCCUCAAGGACUCAGGAAAGCAACUCAAGUAGCUAUAUUAAAUGCCAAUUAUAUGAGUAAAAAAUUAAGUACUCACUACAAAACAUUAUUUGUUGGUACUAAAUGUGGAUUAGUAGCUCAUGAAUUCAUAAUUGACUCCAGAGAAUUUAAAAAAACUGCAAAUAUUGAAGCUACCGAUAUUGCUAAGCGAUUAAUAGAUUACGGAUUUCAUGCUCCUACUAUGUCUUGGCCGGUUGCUGGUACAUUGAUGAUAGAACCUACAGAAUCUGAAAGUAAAAUUGAAUUAGAUAGAUUCUGUAAUGCUUUAAUCAGUAUAAGGGAAGAAAUCAGACAAAUAGAGAAUGGUGUAGCUGAUCGGGAACAGAAUGUCUUAAAAUUAGCACCACAUACAUUGAAACAAAUUUGUAGUGAUGAAUGGAAUAGACCAUAUUCUAGAAAAUUGGCAGCUUAUCCAAUGGGAUACGAGCAAAAAGUAUGGCCAAGUGUAGGUCGCAUCGACAGUAAAUAUGGAGAUCAAAAUGUAGUUUGCAGUUGCCCAUUAGUAUUUUAA